AUGUUCGAGGCUUAGUUAAUAAUGAUGCACUUCUUAAAGAAGGAACGUGUUGGGCAUUUGCUUUAUACAAUAAAGAACAAACAUUACCUAUUAAGUUAGAAAACAGUGAAUAUCCGGUGCUUAUUACUCAAUUUAAUGAUCUAGGAUCUAGUAGGUUUUAUGAUCCUAGAUCUAAACAAUCAUUUAAGUUUGAUCAUUUAAGAAAAGAGCCAUCAAACUAUGAGAAUUGGGAGCCAGAUUCAGAGACAGAAACUUGGCGUUCAGUAUUUGAAACAGAAUUUACUUCAUAUACGUCAUUACAUUAUAAACAUGGUACAUGCAGUGUAUUUGCAAAACAAGAAGGUUCUUCCACUGUUAUAACAGCUUGCAUUGAGGAUCAUGAAUUCCAAGCAAAAAAUUUUUGGAAUGGUCGUUGGAGGUCUCAGUGGACUCUUACUGUUGGACCAACUAAUAUAGAUGUUUUUGGAUUUUUACGAAUUCAUGUUCAUUAUUAUGAAAACGGUAAUGUUCAACUUGUAGCAUCAAAAGAAAUAAAGGAAUCAAUCGCAUUAACAACUGAAGAGUUAGCUGUUAAAGAAGUUUUGAAAAUAGCAGAAGAUGCGGAAAAUGAGUACCAGAUAGCUAUUACAGAAAAUUAUCAAACUAUGUCAGAAACAACUUUUAAGGCACUCCGUCGCCAGUUGCCAGUCACUAGAACAAAAAUUGAUUGGAAUAAAAUUGUUUCUUAUAGCAUUGCUAAAGAGUUUAAAACUCAAUGACCAAUCAAACAAUUAAUAGUCAUUGUUUUAUUUUCAUGAUGCAAAAGACUUAAUUGGUAAGUCCUUACGCUUGCUGAAAUAUUUAAAUAUUAUGAGAAAAGAAUCAUAAUUUGUUUUAUUAAUUAUAUCUUUCCACCACUGAGUUAGAAAAAAAUUGAACCUUUUAACCAAGGUGUUAGGAAAAAAUUGUACAAAACAAAGUGUGAAAUUGCUCGCUUAGUAUUCAAUAUAGUUUUUCUUUUAUUUGUAAAUUUAUUGAGGUAUAAUUUUUAUUUUUGUAUUUUUAAUUUUUAUUUAUUAAUUUUGUUGAGUGUAAACAAAACUUUAUUAUGAAAUUAAGCUUAGAUUUGGAAAGUAAACAAAUAUAUUCAUUUUUAGUUUAAUACAUUUUAUGCUAAAGUUAAAAGUUCCAAGUGUAUUUUAUUACUUUUUUGGAUUUUAGAACAUAAAAUAAAGUAUAUACCUUCAGUUUUUAAACUUAAAUAAUAAAAAUCCAUAUUUUAUAAUAUUGCAAAUGUUAAUGAAUUUAAAAUUAGGUCAAUUUCAUUAACUAUA